GUACCAGCCGCCCCGCCCCCCCUGCCGGCGCCCCCGCCCUACACCCAUCCCCGCCCCGUGUUGCCCCUCGCCCCUCCCCGACCCUCCCUGUCCCCCGCGCCUUCCCUCACCCGCCUCUCCCACCUGCAGCAGCAGCAGCAGCAGCAGCAACAACAACAGCAGCAGCAGCAGCAGCAGCAGCAGCAGCAGCAGCACCUCUCCCAGCAGGGUGCCCAGGACAGCCCGGGGGCGGCGCAGUGCCCCGCCCCCUCCAGCCUGGCGCCCCAGCCCCUGCCCGGUCUGGCGCAGGGCCCGCCGCCCCACUUCCUGACGGCGCCGCGGGCCGCCACGCUGCCGGCGGGGCUGCAGGGCCUGCAGACCAUCCAGGGGCUGCAGGACGCCCGCUACCCGCCCUUCCAGCCCGUGCCCCAGUACCGCCCCCCGCCCAACCCCCGCGUAGGCGCCGCCGGCCUGCCGCCCUCCGCCCUGGGGCCUGACCAGCUGCCGCCCCCCAGCUAUCUGCCCGCCGUAGCCCCCCGCUCCCCUCUCGGUGGGGCGGGCAGCCUUUCCUGCCCCACCAGCCUCAGCGAGCAGGCGGCGCCCGCCCCCAGGCGCCGCCCGCCGCCCCUGGCCCCGGCUGCUGGUCCCUGCCUCGCGACCCCCACGGGGCGCCGCCACCGGAGAUGGCAGUGGGCGGGGGCGGCGUGGGCAUCAGCCAUGAGCGGGGUGACUCCGCCCCGGCGGCCAUGGGGGCGGCGUGCCCCGUGGGCGGCCCCGAGGAGCUCAAGACGCGGUCGCUGCCCACCCGCAGCCUGCACGGGGCGCGGCCGCCCCUGGUGGCGCGGCGCACGCUGCUGCUGGGGGCUGGCGAGGGGGGCGGGGAGGGGGCGUGGGCAGCAGCUCCCUGCUGGUGGAGGAGGAUGGCUUCUACUACAACCAGCCCCUGCUGGAGGAGCGCGAGGAGGACCUCUACGGCUCCUCAGAGGACAUCUCCUCCUCCUCCUCCCUGCUGGAGAGACUCAUGGUGCGGGCGUACUACAACGGAGAGUGGCCCGACGAAACCCCAGCCAAGGGGGUGAAGAGCAACGGUGCGGCGCGGGGUGGGGCGGGAGGGGGCGGCGGGGGAGGUGGCGGCCGCUCCCCCCGCCUGAGAGGACCAAGAGCUCCAAGUUCUCGGCGCUGGGCAGACUCUUCAAGCCCUGGAAAUGGAAGAGGAAGAAAAAGUCAGAGAAAUUCGAGGCCACGUCCAGAUCUUUGGAGAGGAAGAUCUCGAUGCGUGUCAACAAGGAGGAAUUAGUACAAAAGGGCAUACUGUUUCCUGACUCCCCUACCUCACCUGUGGCGGAAGAGGGCGGCCCCGACAAGAGUGAGGGCGUGAACGGCAGCGCGGGCGGCUUGGGGUCGCCGGAGCAGCCCCCCAGGCCCCGGCGCAGAGCCAGGCCCAGCCACCCCCGCAGGCCCCCCAGCAGGCGGCGUCCACUGCCUUCAGCCCCCUGGCGGCGGGCACCACCACCCUCACCACCACCACCGCCCUCAGCGCGGCGCCCACGCCCGACGCGCCGCCGCCUGCCUACCACAGCCACCACCACAUCGUCGGGGCGGAGCGGCCAGAGCGCCCCACCACCCUCAUGGCCCCGGGGGCCCUCCCACGGCCCCCCUGGCCCCCCAGCCCCGCCCCACCCUGCCCUCCCCGCCCCACCCCGCGCCGCCUCCCCCGGGCCUGGGGCACGCCGCCCCCCGCACCCUGGCCUCCCCCUCCUCCCACUGCAACCUGGCGGGCUGCUUCCUGCGCCCCGCCCUGCACCCUCCCCCGGCCAGCCCCCCCAGCAGCCCUCUCCCUACGCCCCGCCCAGCCCCCACCCGCCCCCGGGGCUGCCCUCUCCCCAGGGGCACGCCGUCACCUUCGCGCCCACGCCCUUCGAAGCAGCAUGGGUGGGGUGCAGGUCCUCCCGUCGAAUCUUGGAAGUGGCCUUCACCCGGUACACCAGCGAGACACCCACACCUUCUACGGGGGGCGCGGGGGGCGGAGGAGGGGGCGACGACCCGACCCCCUAUCACCACCACCAUCACGUCGGUCACCUCCCCGAUCCCCCCAUUCCUGUGUCCGAGAUAGGCCCCAUUCCUCCUCCCCCCAUGUUUUCCUCCCCAUCUCCCCUGGUGAGUCAGCGCUCCCACCCCCCGCCCCCUAUCAUCCCCCGCCCACGUCUGCGUCAGGGGCAGGGUUGCAGAACGCCCUUGGACAUAACUUGUCUGCUACGGAUUAUGGAGACAGAGGAGGAGCUGGAGGAGGAAGAGGAGGUUGGGGAGGAAGGGGUUAUCUUCUAUGGCACUCCUGGCCCUCCCUUUGACACCAACAAUGUGGAGGAGGUGCCAGCAAGGGAGCCACGCCUGGAUGCCAAGCCCCUCAAGUCAGCCCUGAAGAAGAAGGGUGCCUGUCAACGGGUCAGCAGGAGGCGCCACCCCCCGGCAGGCACCCCCACUGAGGCAGGGGGCAAGCCUCUCUCUGUCAGACAGGAUUCGAAUAGGCGCCUUCCUCUUCGCCCCAGUGUACGGAUUAGAUUUAGCACCAAGCCCAUCCGGUUCUCCUACAGCCGGGGAGACGGGGGUGACAAAACGAGUGAGAACAAAGAAAACAGUGUCCCGUUUUCUUAUCUCCCCCCCAACACAGUACUCCCCAACUCACUACAGGAGUCCAGGGUUGAUGAUGACGAUGAUGAUGGCCCCGUGCUGUACAGAGAUGAUGAUGAUGAUGAUGAUGAUGACCAUCUAGUGACGAAGGUUGCUCGACGGGACAGCCUGGCGCAGAAAUUGAAGUGCCGACCUAACAAGCAGGACCUCAUUGACCGUAAUAUCAUCCCUGUGCAGAGCGAAAAUGAUCGAAAGGAGUUUAGAGAGGCCAUUGGCGCCAAACUCACACGGCGCCUUAGUCUGCGGCCCACAGCGGAGGAGCUCGAAGAGAGAAACAUUCUGAAACGCACCACCCCGGAAGAGGCACGCAAGCAGAAGGAGGAGAAGAGAAGAACUUUGUUGAGAAAACUUUCUUUCAGGCCGACCUUGGAAGAACUAAGGGAGAGAAAGAUCAUCCGGUUCAACGACUACAUAGAGGUGACACAGGCGCACGAGUAUGACCGGCGUGCUGACAAGCCGUGGACGCGCCUCACGCAGCGGGACAAGGCGGCCAUUAGGAAAGAACUCAACGAUUUUAAGAGUAUGGAGAUGGAGGUGCACGAGGACUCCAAACACUUGACCAGGUUCCACAGGCCCUGAUGAGGACUAGGGCAGACAGGAUAGGCCCUUCCCAUCCACCAGGCACCCCCUCCUCCACCCUCCACCCCCGGCCAGCCCCAGGUGGACAGCAGCAGCAGCAGCAGCAGCAGCAGCAGCAGCAGCAAGCAACGAAAAGUCCCCUUGUGGAAAAUUUUACUCAUCCGUGGCAGCUGAGAAAGAAUUUUUUUGCCACUAUUUGCCGUACGAUUGUGUGGUCGUGUGUGGGCGUACCAGGCGUGUGUGGGCAUGUACGCGUGCCCACACCCUUCCUGCCCGUGUGCACCGACCGGCAGUGGCCCUGUGCGUCUAUGUGUGUGUGUGUGCGCGCGUUUCCUCGGACAUGUGCAAGGGACGCGCUUCUGUGAUACCAGAAAGUAAAACAGAGUGAUGUGACAACUGUGUACAUUACCCACCUUUUUCACCCCCACUGCCCCCCUGCUUCCCCCUGUGCCCUCCCCAGUGUUAAGUACUUUUUUAAGCCCCCUCCCAGCCCCCCAGCCCCCCACAUGCCCCCCGUUUAGGAGAUAUUGAGUAAUCUGUGUUAUAAAGGUAUUGCUUGGAGAAUUGGACACCGAGAGGCCAAGAGAGAGAGAGAGAGUGAGAGAGACAGAGAGAGAGAGAGAGAGAGAGAGAGAUGUGUUUGGCGGUGACAGACGGACAGACGGACAGUGUGUGUGUGUGUGUGUGUGUGUGUGUGUGUGUGUGUGUGUGUGUGUGUGUGUGUGUGUGUGUGUGUGUGUGUGUUAGAGAGAGAGAGAGAGAGAGAGAGAGAGAGAGAGAGAGAGAGAGAGAGAGAGAGAGAGAGAGAGAGAGAGAGAGAGAGAGAGAGAGAGAGAGUGUCUGUGUGUAUGUUUGAAGAAAGACAGAAGGAAUGGAGAGAGAGAGAGAGAGAGAGAGAGAGAGAGAGAGAGAGAGAGAGAGAGAGAGAGAGAGAGAGAGAGAGAGAGAGAGAGAGAGAGAGAGAGAGAGAGAGAGAGAGAGAGAAAAUCAACUUCAGAAUUUGUGUUAACUGGCCUCCCCCCCACACAUCCCCCCCACAGUAACAGGCAGGUGUGUGGAGAUACCCCCUCCCUACCACUACCACCCCAUCUCCCCCCACACCCCCCACAAGAUCACUGUAUUAAAGUAUGAAUGGUAGGAAUCAUGAUAGAUUAUAUAGAGAGAUGUAAGGUGUGUGUGUGUGUGUGUGUGUGUGUGUGUGUGUGUGUGUGUGUGUGUGUGUGUGUGUGUGACAACCAGACCCUCGUACACUCAGACAGACAGACGACAGGACAGCAUUGUGGCUCAGAUAAUGCAAGAAAUGUAUUUUAGUAAAGAGAGAAUGAAAGAAAAGAAAGAAAAAAAAACAUUUGUAUAAUUGAUUAGAUGUAUAUAUAUAUAUUUGUUGCUAACCUUUGUAUUGAUGAUGACGAUGAUCUCAGUGACCUGCACCCCCUGCCCGCACCCCCCCACCCCCUACAUACACGGGGAGGCUCAGUGGGGGGGGGUGAGGGGACAAGCCAGGCCUGUUUUGUGUAUCUAAGUAUGUACAUACAAACAUACACUCCCGUUUAAGCAGUUAAUACACACUGUAUGAUUUGUUAAGUUAAUCCUGUAUAUAUUGUAUCCCUACCCCCCUUACCCCCCAGGCCCCCACUGACUCACUCUCCCCCUAUCCCUGCCCUUCUACACCCCUCCCUGCCCCUCCUGGCCCUUCAUGUGGGGUGUUUUGGGGUGAAAAAUGACAUGUAUAGGAUUUUCUGGGGUUUUGGGGUGUUUUGGGGUGUUUUGGGGGUGUUUUGGGGGUGUUUUGGGUAUUAUAGUAUUGAAUAAACUUACAAAUAUCUUACCAUACCCUGCCUAAUGUCUCCCCUACACCCCAUGACUCCUGUAUGGUUCUAUGGGGUCAGAUUAAGGUCAGGUUGGGGUUUAACAGAUCACAGUAGGACGUCAGGCUUCCCCCCUUCUACCCACAAUACUCCCCUAUCUCCCCCCUAUACUGCCCCCCCAACUGCCCUCUCCUCAGACCCAUAUAUGUGUAAAAGAAGGAAUAGGUGAAGAGGAAAGGAAAGAAGGAAGAGAUGAAAGGGAUGAGAAGAAUGAAUGAUGGAAGGAGAAAGUUAGAUAAAUGAAGGAAUUGGGAAGGUUAGAAGGGAAGAAUGAUUAAAUAGAAGGAAUGGAAGGAGAAAUGAAUAAAGGAGAGGAAAGAAGAUUAAUCAGGAGAGGAAGGAAGGAAUUAGAAGAAAGGAAGAAGGAAUAAGAGAUGAAGGGAAGGACAGAGAAAGAGAAAUAAAGGGAAAGAAAGAAUAGAAGAAAAGGAACAGAAUAAUUAGUAAAGGGGGGAGAGAGAGAGAGAGAGAGAAAGAGGGUCAUAGGGUAAAUACAGAUUUCUGGUGACAAAUACAGAAUUCUGGAGGUAUAUACACACGCAUAUAUACAGUAUACAGAAAUCUGAAGAAAUAAAGAAAGAAAUAAAAUAGAAAU